AAUUAAACAAAUUAAAAAAGGAUAAUCACGUUUGUUUGAAGAGAAAAGGAAGAGGAAAAUGAGAGUUUGAAUCAGAAGCCAUUUGCUUUGGCUUGGGGUUGCUCUUCUGAUUCAAAUUCCAGUUGAAAAAUUGAAAAAAAAAAAAAAAAAAGAGUUAAAAAUGGCGGCGUCGAAUUCGAAUUCGAAUCCGUCGCUGCAGCCUGAGAUCGGACCCGACGGCCUUGCUCGGGAGGCUUCUGUCAUUACCUACACUGAGAAGAUAAUCGAGAACGAACAGCUUCAAUUAAGAAAAUAUAUUGAAGAAAACUAUUCUAAAAUUCGUGAUGUCGAACGAGAGCUGGCACAGUUGUCAAUGGAGAUGAAACUCACAGCUGGGCCAAAAAAAUCAGCUCUUGAACAUUUGAGGAAGAAAAUAGAGAUGUCAACGGAGAAAAUUCACGCUGCCAAGCUGAAGGAAGAACAAGCUCGAAAGGUGUGGGAAGCAGCAUUACAGGCUGUAAAGGACGAGGAAGCUAUCAAGCAGCAGCUUUGUGAAGACUUAAACCAACUGGUGCAAGAAAGCAGCAGUUCUCAGUUUACGAGACUGGAGGAGUUAAAAAGACGACUUGAAGCUAUGAACCCAAGCAGAUCAUCAGCUUCUGUUUCUCAUGAUGGCAAAUCAAUGGGUCCAGAUGCUCCUACAGUUCCGGGAUCAACAGAAUCAGGUGGAGUCACUCAAAACACCUCUAAUCCAGGAAAUGCUGGAAAUGUUUCGGUCACGAAUGGGCACAAUCAACAGCCACCUGUUGAGGGAGAAGGAAGAGGAAAGAAGAAAAGUCAGUUCCACGGAAGAGGGAAGGGACUUGGAGCUGUGCCCAAGGGUAGGGGACCUCCUCCGCCCGGCUGGACAGGGGCUGGGUUCGAUGCUUAGGGUUGUUAUUCUGAUUUUUCUCUGUGCCGAAAGAUCUUGGAUAUAUUCUUUCGUCCAUCUUUCUUCCCCUGUGUUUCUUAAUUGUCUCUAGCAUUUGAUAUGAGAAAAUGCAAGCCGACCUUUCUGACUUCUCUUUGCUUCUUCACGCCCCUGUAUUUUACCGAUAUCAAGCAAGAAUCAAGAAUUUAGACGUU